AUGCAGCAGCUCGUGCAGCGCCUUGUGUCUCCUCUCGUAUCUCUGCUAGCUUCUUUUUUCUUCAUCCACUUGCAUGCUCAACAACAACAAGAGAUUAUGAUUGCUGCUGGUCUCGAGACUCCCGUUCCCAUCUUGACUGACACUCUAUCUUCCAUGUCAAAUUUAUUCACUCAAUAUCUACCCACUGAUCUACUCUCCAGUCCUAUUAAUGUGUCUGAGAUCGCUCGAGUCUUGAGCCAAAGUCCCGAUUGGAGCGUCAUUGGCUUUGCUCUAGAAGACGCUAUUGUGGUCACUUUCCAGUGCUUUAAACUAUGGACAUCUUUCUUCCUGUUACUAGCAGUCCCUAUCCUUCAAGCUCUAGCAGUGUUGGGGGAGAUGGCGCUGCCUCACGUGCUCAUGCUCGUCAAGAUCGGAGCCGAUUACGUGAGCAAGAUGGAACCUCUCUAUCAAGCUUUAUUGGCCUUUACAGUGCUCUUUAUACUGGUCUGUGUACGUAAAGGAUACGUGCAUAAAGCCCGUGUGCAAUAUGUGAGGUCGAGAAGGCAGAUGGAACUCCGUUACAGAGCUUUUGUAGCCAGUUUGAGUGCCAAGUGGCGCGUGGUGGCCAUCCUUCUACCUCAUGGGCUGUUUUUCGCCUUGAGUUUCGAAGCGCUUUAUUGGCUGCCAGAGUCAUCGACAAACGUACUGAGCAGUGACGCGCUGUUUGGACUACUUUCGGUCGGGUAUCCGCUACUGCGCUCGAUCCGAGUGAUCCGACAGAAGAGACUCUACUCGAAACAUACCAAGUCAACUUUCCCAACUUCAAGACCAAAGAAUACGAGCAAAAUGAUCAAGAAGCUUGACAAUUUGACCAUCCCCGACUAUAAGUGGAGGUCGUACGAGGCGUGUUUAAAGUAUUGGGUCAUCUGGUCCCUCGCGGUAUGCCUCAUUGGCAUGGUAACGCUCUUCUUGCCGACUUUUUUGACCUCGUUUUUCACGAUGCCGCUUCAAUGGUGCAACAUUUUCCUGGUUUGGAUGCACUCCCCGUUCACAAGAGGUGACAUUGCGCUCUACUCUCUGCUAAGCCCCCUUAUAAGUCCAUACGCGAACCGUAUUCAUGAACGUGAAGCGACGAUAAAUGUGGAGACAGAAGAGAAGACGAAUUUCUUGAUGCGGAUUUUGGUAUCUUUCCGAGUAGUACCAGAACGACAUGUGCACUUGGCGAAAGAUUUAUGGUCACAGGGCCCUGCACUCUUCGGACUCUUCUUCAUGUUCACGCCAGGAUUUGUGGCCUCUCGAGGCUGUUCGCUGAUGGGUUUUGGCUUUCCCGCCUACGUCACGAUAGGAGUGCUAAGCGAAAAGCGAACACGGCGCUACGAGUGGUGGCUUGCAUACUUUAGCAUAGCGGUCACUGCAGACUACUUCAUCACCGCGAUUGGACGAGAAAUCGGAUGGCUUCCGCUGUUUUAUCACGUAAAGCUGUUGAUGAUGAUGUGGCUUCAAUUUCCAUACUUUCAAGGUGCGGAGCGAAUUUUUAACGCAAUCUUUUCGAGUGUCUUUAUCGUUCCAGAAUGCAAAGAGGAAUAA